AUGUCGAAACGGAAGGCGGAACCCUCCCAACGACUGGCGAAACGACGAAAGGGAGGAGUCCCUGCCUUUGGCGCAGAAACCGAGGAUGAUCGAGUCAAUCUAGCAUCUAGCAUCUCAACAGCAUCUGGCUUUUCCACUCGCUCUUUGCCAUCAACUGGCACGAUACCUAACCUUUCCGCGUUAUGUGCACGCUCGUUUGUCGCAAACUUGCAGGCACUACACGAAACUCGUGAUGAUUGGGAAAACACGUUCAAGUGGCUAAAACUAUUGCCUGACAAUUUGGUGCCCAAACUGUUCGCUAUGCUGAGAUCCUCCUGUCCACAAUUACUUACCAACGCAAUGAUAACUUCUUACUUUUUACGAGGCCCGUCAAUCGUACUCACCAGUGACGUCCCAGCAAUAAACAAAAGCACCAUUUUGGCGCUUGCUGGAGCUGGCAAUUCGCUGCAUGAGCUGCACCUUACGGGAUUCGUCAAAUUAGCUGAUUCUGUCUUCGCAACCAUACUGCCUUCCAUGCCGUCCCUCCGAGUCUUGGUUCUUCGUGGUUGCGCCAAAGUGGGCUCCGCCACUGCGGAAGCUGCCGCGCGGUCUUGUCACUUGCUUUCGACAGUGAACUUCAAUUAUACUGCUGUCCCGCCUGUGGCACUCGUGGCACUCCUUAAAACUUGUCCUGACCUUAAGGUGCUGAAGCUUGCCGGGAUACCGAACUGGACGGAUGCAACCUAUGCCAAAUUAUCUUCUGCAGUAUUCCAAGACGAGACUUUUAUACUAAGGAAUAUACAUACGUUGAAAUUGCGUCAAUUGGGCCUUCCCGAAAGCUCGAUUUAUUCCUUUUUGGCCCGCUGUCCGAACCUCACACGGCUGGACCUCUCCUUCACGCACAUCCACCGACCUCUGCCGGUUGCAUUAGCAGACGCGAGAAUUGAAAAGCUUUCCUUGACAUCCACUGCGAUCUGCAGCGUUGAUGUUGUGGCGCUCAUCUCUAGUCUUCCUCACCUCAAAUCUCUUGCUCUCGGGGCCCUUGGCGGUGGGCAAGGCUCUUCGGUAUCUAUUGGGAAUACCUCUGCGAUGACGAUGACGGACCAAACGCUGGAGUCAUUGACAGACGUGUUGAAGGAUCUCGAGCAACUCGAAAAGAUCAGUUUGGUCGGUAACACAAAAUUAGGAUUUAAUUCCCGUGGUGGUGGAGCCCUCGAGUACUUCAUUCGAUGCGUCGGAAGGAAAUGCAAGCACCUCAACUUGGCAGGUGUGCAUUAUCUACGGUCCCUUCAUCUCAUUGGUCUCUUACCGCAAGACGCCGAAAAUCGACCACCCAGGCUGGAACAGCUCAUUCUCAACAACACUGGUGUGGACGGCGAAGCCGCGCCUUAUCUGGCAUGUUGUUCAGAACUUGUGGUACUUGAACUAGCGAGUACCAAAAUAAAUAGUGCUGGUCUCUUUUCUGUUAUCGACACCUGCUCUAAACUACGGUCAUUGAACCUCACAAGCUGCAGGAGCAUAAGCGUGACUGAUAGACGUCGUUUUUUCGAGGCGUGGAAGCACGACAGGAAGGCCUCAUGA